AACGGAGUUACCACCAAAACACCAUACCAUGCAUGCACUUAGUAACAUCAGGUGCGGAAUAGAAAAGGGUCAAUCUGUCAAUGUGUUUUAAAAACCCAGGAAUUACUCGAAGAGAUCAACAAGAAAGAGCAGGAAAAUGAGGCGGAGAAUGAGAUGGAAAUUACGUGGGAGGUAGGACUGAAGGAAUCCGCGGAGGAAAUGAUCAAACGAAAGAAAAAUGAAAAAGAAAGGAAGGAUUUGACGCCUUGGGAAAACUAUCUGAACGAGAAGAAACAAAAGAAGAAAAUGAAACAGCAAGCUAAACAGAAUCACGAUGAUGGGUUUGUAAAUUUACUUACUAAACAUCUGAGGUCUUUUCCCACCAAAUAAUAGUUCAAGUUCUCCUACAUGUUUCUUUCAUUUCUUUUGUUUCCGCAGCCAAUCAGCUGCGCAGUUGAGUGACGAUGAACUUCCGCCGGAUGUAGAUCUGAGUGAUCCGUUCUUCGCUGAAGAACUGGAGAAAACAGAAAGUACCGUGACAAGCAAGAAGAAAGAUGGAAGACAGAAAAAGAAGAAGAGGAGAAAGAAAGGAGAAGAGCUUGGAAGCGAGGAGGAUAAACGAAGAAAGGUAAACUACAAAUAAAAAUUGACAACGCUUUUCUAAGGAGUAUUCUUUGUUGUGAAUUAAAAAGCAAUUGUCAAAAUAAUGAUGAAUCCUGCUCGGCUCCUUGCGAGUGGGGAGGCAUCGACGGGAGCAUGUUAUAUCAUUAGGGAGUUUGGCAAAUACAACGGCAACGUGGUCAUCAACAAUAGCAUUGAUCCUCAAAGACAAAGGCGAAUGUAAAUUACAUGGUCGUAAGCGUUACCCCUGUUUCACCCCUGUUUUGAAAUGGAGUUACUGGCAAUCACUUUUCAAACUGGUUGCGAAAACUGCAGUUUACAGUGCCUUUUAUAUAUUUACUGUAAUACAGACGAUUUGACUCGACAAUGGGUGACCCUCUAAAAAUUGUCGAAGCAAAAUAUAAAUCGCUUUGGAUAUAGAAACAACAGUUAAACCUUUUCUUCAGGCUGAACUGCAGUUACUGAUGAUGGAAGACGAUGAUGGCAAGAAACAUUUCAAUCUUAAAUCCAUCAUGAAAAAUGAAAAAUCUAAAAAGAAAAGAAGGAAAAAACAAGAAGAAACGAAGCAAGAUGAUUUUGAAAUUGAUGUGAAUGAUAGUAGAUUCUCUGCACUGUAUUCCUCUCAUCUUUAUGCUGUCGAUCCAUCUGAUCCACAAUUCAAGUAAGUAAAUUUAAGUAACAGACACAUAGUUGAUCAAAAUACGCUCUGGAGAUUGGGCAAAUAAAAAGCUACGAUUAGUUUUGUCGAGAUGACUUCAGUGCGCACAAAUCUUUUUAAAUUUUGUUAUCAUUAUUUCGACAUAAGAUCAUUGUCUCCACCGUGUACCACUUUACAUAAACAUGAACAAAAAGAUAGAACGAAUACUUUGAUGAGUUUCAACGCCGUUUCUUGACUGCCCAUGCUUGCACACACGUUAAACUUACACGAAAAUACAAAUUGUUUUUCUCAAUUAGGAAAACAAAAGCGAUGGAAUCGAUUAUCCGUGAGAAACAACGUCGCUCAGACAACAAGAGUGAAAAGUCGAUGGAUCCUGUAAUCGCAAAUGUCAGUGAAACCUUGGGUACGUGUCUUAUAAGGUGUCUCAAUUAUAUCAAUGGUACUCUACUGGACCUACUGGUCCUCCAGUUUCCUCCUGUAGUAACACUGGACCAACAAGAGAUGACUCUUAUACUGGACCUCUAGAAAGAACAGUUUAGAACUGAUAGAGCUAUCCAGUAUAAAUGAAGUUAGUUUAGUUUAGGUUUUCUCUUGUAGUAACACUGGAUCAACAAGAGACGACUCUUACUGGACCUCUAUGGAAAACAGUUUAGAACUGAUAAAGCUAUAAAGUAGAAAGUUAAAGUUAAGAAAAAAGUUCAAAAUGGACUCAUUACACUUUUAAUAUGUUUCAAGAUAUUUCAUAAGUUACUAAAUCAGUUCCCCUAUUUCAUUCCAAAAAUCAUUCCCCAAUAUCAAUUACACGAUUAUUCUAAGACACAUAAAGUUAAAGUUCAUGACUCAUGUUCAAAAAUAGCAAUGAUUCAUCUCGUAGACUUGAUCAGAUGGUCGUUGAAUCGCACUCCGUAUACCAGAAUUCCUUCUUGUGCGACCAGCGAAAUAUUUGAACACCGGCCCGGACUUAUCCUCGUCGCAUUGUAGACAUUUAUUUAAACUUCCGUCGGGAUUGGUGUUCGGUUCACCCUUUAUCCACGCCCAAAUACACGUACCAAAACAAUCGCGUCUUGUAUUGUACACAUUAUAUUUCCAAAUGUCGACGCACUGAGGUGUGAAUCCUAGAUCACUCAAACAAUUUGUAACGAAACGGUCAAAGAACCUUAGACCACAAGAACGGACUACACCAGUGAGAUUUCGUUCGAGAUACACGGCCAAAUCCUUAAGGUUUGAGCAAGCGCCACAUUUCCCUUGAUGGGUGACAAUAAACCCUGAGCGCAAUGCUGUUAUGUUGUCAGGAAAGUCACGAAUUUCGUAACGCUUUCUCGACGCGUCUUCGUAGCGGAUAGCACAAACUCUAGUGUGGUCUUUGAGGUAUUCUUGUAUCUUUGCUUCUGAUGCUGCCGUUUGGUUCUUGUAUGGGUCUGUUUUAAACGAUGGCCAAGCGUUCGUGACUUCCUUCUUUUUGAAAGCUGCGAUUGCUUUCUUGCGAUCGCAUGGCCAGUUGUCUGCGAGGAUUACGCCAAUUUGGGCGAACACAUAAAUGAAAAUCAAUGCCUUCAUGUUUAAGAGUUGGGUCUUGCACGCUUUCUUGUCUACGUUCUCUUCGGAAGGCAAAGCUGAAUUAAAGUGAAAUUAAUGCGAAACAGAAUUUAUAUAGUAUUGUAACUUAACAUACAUUGACAAUAGGGUAAUUUAUUUUUUAAUUAAGGUUACUUUAUAAUACAAAUAUUUAACACAAUCAAAAAGGCAAAGCUAAUUUAAAGUAAAUUUUUUGUAAAACAUGAAUGUACACUAUUCGAACUUAACAAACAUUCACCUUCAAACAAUUUAUAUUUUAAUUAAACGUAUUGUAGAAUACAAAUAUUUUACAUCUGAGCAAAUGGGUUGUUUUUGUUAUAAACACAUUUUAUGCACGAUAAACCCCUGAUAUAACUUUGUAUUGUAAAUUGCUCAAAUAUAAUGCAAAUUAAGUAAAUCGGUACACAGUCAUUGGAUUUGCAAAGUGGCAUGAUUUUGUAAACUUUGAGUGCGCGAAGAUUGACUGCGCGAACUAAAUUGAGGGCGCUUUCCAUUUAAUGGCCUGACCCGAAUUCUUUUCUCUGUAUCAAUAGAAAAGUCUGGUCUAUGUUUCUCAAAUAUCUAGCGAAAAUGGACCUCAUUCUAAUGUUUUCUAAAUUUUCCGGUCAGAUAGGUCCGAAGCCCACAUGUUUUGUCUUCCAUUCAACAAUUUUACCGUUCUGACCGCACUGGAUAGUUCUAUCCUUUUUCCUUUCGAGGACACUGGAGACCUGGGCUGGGGACCUGGAGAAAUCUGGUACUGGUAUAGAGUCAAACCGGAAGCACUCCUCUCACAUGUGACUGAGGCUAAAUUUUAAUCAGAGAACUACAUCAAACCCUGGGCACAGACCAACAUAUUCCAAACUCAACUUCCAUUAUUUUUUGUUUUAGGUAAAACGAAAACAGUCGAUCCCGGGUGAGUAUGGAAUCAUCAGUAUCUUUUACCUCACUGUAGAAGACGUAAUUGAUCGAGGGGAUCAGAUUUCAUGUUGCGGUCGGCUUCUGUAAAUAUUACAGUAAAAUGUAAAACUAAUUCUUGCAAUUUUUUAUUUCCUCUAAAUACAAAGCUGGUACAUAUAUAAUGGAAAGUAUUUAAAAUAUUUUCUCACUGUGGGAAAGGUGCCAAUUAACCGCCAUCAUCUGCACAAUGGUGCUGAAUUAAUCCCACCCUUAGAGAAAAUCUGGGGGGGGGGGGUGUGAACACCAUUCCUAACAGCAUAGUAUGCUAACAGGCAGGUAUACAGAGCGACAGAUCCAACAUUCCAACUCAAAUUAUGUAUUUUCUUGUAGGUUGUCUGCGUUGAUCAAAAAUGUGAAAUCAAAUGCUGGGAAAUUCAGACACCAAAAGAACAAUAUACGUAAAAAAUAAUCAAUUGUAGAUUAUUUUACUGUAAAUAUAGAGAAUUUUGUGAUAAAUUGCACAACAAAUAAAAUGAUGCGUGGAUAUAUAACCUGAUUAAAUUGACCUCUGUUUUGCCUUGUGCAUUUUGUGAUUUUCAACUGCUAAUACCACUAUGAGAUCAGUGGCUAAAACUUGUG